GUUUUUUCCUUGUUUUUUGUAAAGGAGCCUGGAACUUCAGUUUCUAUCUCUUCAUCUACUUCAACAUCCUCAUCCUGGGAAAGACGAUUUCGUAGUAUGAAAUGUGAACCACCCAGUGGAUUCAUGUGCUUUAAUGGAGGUGAAUGUGUGCACAGAGGGCUCUGUGACUGCAGUCGAUUUAAUGCCACUGGAUCAAGAUGCCAGACAGUGUACAACACAGGUGCUGAAAGGGAUAACAUAUGCCGUACGUGGGGUCAAUACCAUUUUGAAACCUUUGAUGGACUCUACUACUAUUUCUCUGGGAAAUCAACCUAUGUUCUUGUGAGACAGAAUGAAAUAGAUGAACAGAGUUUCUCUAUACAGGUUAACAAUGAUCCAGAAUGCAAAUCUUCACCCUAUUCCUGUGAAAGGUCGAUUAGCCUAUUCUUUUCUGGAGAUGAAGAAAUAAAGUUGAGCAGUGAGGUCACCUACAAAGGACUUGGAAUACAAUUACCCCGUGCUAUAGGGAAUGUACAUAUCCAAAAACUAGCUGAGUACAUCCUAGUUAGACACCAGUAUGCCUUCACUCUGGCUUGGGAUGGUACAUCUGCAGUCUAUAUUAAAUUGACGCCAGACUAUUUGGACAAAACACGUGGGUUAUGCGGAAACAACAAUGCUGUACUGCAGGAUGAUCUUGAGACGAGUUAUGGAAAAUUGACUGAAGACAUUGCAGAGUUUGUAGAGAGCUGGAGGGAAAAUCGUCCACUGGGCUCUCCUGACUGGGAUAAUUCUCUUAACUAUGAGCCGCCCUGCUUGACCCAAAGCCAAGACGCUUUACAGAAGGCAUAUGCUCUGUGUAACACACUACGGUGGCCCCCAUUUGAACAGUGUCAUGAUUAUGUGAGUCCUUUUCCUUACAUGGCCAGCUGCACCAAUGACCUCUGCAUGUCAGCAGCUGAUAAUUCAACUUGGUGUCGAGCAUUAACUGAAUAUGCCAGGGCCUGUGCUCAUGCAGGAAAACCCCUUCAUAUGUGGCGGACACACUUUCAGCAAUGUGUUAUUACCUGUGAAGAACAUUUAAUCUACAAUGAAUGUAUCGACUGUUGCCCAGUUUCAUGUCAGCAAAAAACACAGUGUAUUGACAGUGAACUUCCCUGUGUCGAUGGAUGCUACUGUCCAGAUGGUCUAAUUUAUGAAAACAAAUUAUGUGUCAAGCCUACAGAAUGCCCUUGUGAUUAUCAUGGAAGUUUCUAUAAAGCAGGAUCAGUGGUUUAUGAGGAGUGCAAUAACUGUACUUGUAUUGAAGGAAAGUGGACUUGCACAAAUCUUACCUGUCCAGCUGAAUGCUCUGUCUCAGGAGACAUUAACUUCAUGACAUUUGAUGGACGCAAAUACACUUUCCAAGCUCCAUGCCAAUAUAUUCUGGCAAAAAGCCACAGAUCUGGCAAGUUUACAGUGUCUCUACAAAAUGCUCCUUGUGGACAGAACCAAGAUGGAUCAUGUAUCCAAUCAGUCAGUCUUAUUCUUAAUCAGGAUCCCAAGAGGCAAGUGACUCUGACUCAUUCAGGAGAUGUUUUGAUAUAUGAUCAGUACAAAAUUAGCCUGCCCUAUUCGGAUGAUUAUUUUGAAAUAAGGAAGCUCUCCUCUGUGUUUUUGCAAAUAAAGUCUCGCAUUGGACUACAGAUACUGUAUGACAGGCAGGGGCUAAGGCUCUAUCUUCAAGUUGAUGACCGAUGGAAGGAUGAUACUGUGGGCCUUUGUGGAACCUUCAAUGAGAACAUGCAGGAUGACUUUUUAUCUCCAGUAGGAGUCCCUGAAAGCACUCCUCAGCUGUUUGGGAACUCUUGGAAAACUUCAUCGGCAUGUGCCUCUGGGUAUGAUCAUUCACCUGUGGACCCUUGUGAUAUCCACUUACAGGCAGCCUCUUAUGCAGCAGAAGCUUGUAGCAUCAUUACAAAAGAACUCUUUGCUGCGUGUCACACCUAUCUGAGUCCUGUUUCCUAUUUUGAGCAAUGUAGAAGGGACACCUGCAAAUGUGGGCAGAUUUGUUUGUGCUCUGCUUUAGCCAAUUAUGCUCAUCAAUGCCGAAGACAUGGAGUAAUAAUAGAUUUUAGAUCUAGCAUCCCAGACUGUGCUCUUUCAUGUGAAGACACAAAGGAGUACAGUACCUGCAUAUCUACCUGUGGUCAAACCUGCCAAACAUUUUCAAUGCCAGAGACAUGCAGCAGUGAUUGUGUUGAAGGUUGUGCUUGUCCUGUUGGAAUGUAUUUGAACAGCAAGACUGAAAGAUGUGUACAGAGGAAUGAGUGCCCUUGUUAUUUUCAAGGAAUUGAAUAUCCACCUGGAGAAAAUAUCAUCACAUCUUUGGGCAAAUGCCAUUGCAAAAAUGGGAUGAUGAGUUGCAAGAACAACAUUGUACAAGGCUGCCCAGAGGGCCAGAUCUAUGUUAACUGUAGUAAUCCACGAGCUAAUAUGGAGCUUAGCAGAGAGAGAACCUGUGAGAAUCAGCUGCUAAAUCUCACCUUCUCCGCACAUCUUCCUUGUCUUUCAGGAUGUGUUUGUCCACAAGGCCUUGUUAAACAUGGUGAUACAUGCUUUGAGCCAGGUGAAUGCCCGUGUUCAUGGAAAGGAAAGGAAUACUUCCCAGGUGACAAAGUCAUUUCUUCCUGUUAUACCUGUAUUUGCCAGCAUGGGUCAUUUCAAUGCACCUUCCAUCCCUGUCCUUCAAUGUGUACAGUCUAUGGGGAUCGGCAUUACAGGACAUUUGAUGGACUCACAUUUGACUUCUUUGGAGGUUGUAAGGUUCAUCUAGUUAAGAGCACUUCAGUUACUAGUUUUUCAGUCAUUACACAAAACGUAAACUGCUUUAAUACUGGAAUAAUUUGCAGAAAGUAUCUUUCCAUUAAUGUUGGAAAAUCUUUUAUAAUAUUUGAUGAUGACACUGGAAAUCCAAGUCCAUCUAGUUAUAUAGACAAACUACAAAAAAUACAUUUAUGGAAAGCUGGAUUUUUCACACUUGUCCAUUUUCCUAAUGAACACAUCACCAUUCUGUGGGACCAGAGAACAACUAUUCACAUACAGACUGGACCUCAGUGGCAGGGUGAACUGACAGGAUUAUGUGGAAAUUUUGACUUGAAAACAAUAAAUGAAAUGAGAACGCCAGAAAAUUUUGAGUUAACAAACCCUCAAGAGUUUGGAAGUAGCUGGUCAGCUGUAGAGUGUGUUGACAGCUCUGACAUUCGAAAUCCAUGCAGCUUGAACCCUCUUAGAGAGCCCUUUGCCAAGAAGGAAUGUGGGAUACUAUUAAGUGAAAUGUUCGAAGCUUGCCAUCCAGUGGUUGAUGUCACCUGGUUUUAUUCAAAUUGCUUGACAGACACAUGUGGUUGCAACCAAGGAGGUGAUUGUGAAUGUUUCUGUACAAGUGUAUCGGUGUAUGCACAUCAAUGCUGCCAGCAUGGAGUCAUAGUAGACUGGAGAUCCCCCAGAGUGUGUCCUUAUGACUGUGAAUAUUUCAAUAAAGUUCUAGGAAAGGGUCCCUACAAACUGGUCAGCUACUUGGAUGGAGAAGUCACGAUGGCAGCCAAACUGUUGGGUGGUUAUGUUUUCCCAGCAAGAGCAGAAGAUUUAGUUCCAGGAGUAGCUGUGAAUUUUAUGCUGACUUCAGGAUGGUAUAAGCCUAAAGCACAUGAUCCCAACUUGGUUUCAUUUGAAACAGCUGAUAGGCCAAAUUAUUUUCUUCAUUUGGCUUCCAAUGGUACCCUGCUUCUUUCCAAAUGGGAAGAAAGUGAAGAGUUCCAUAACAGAUCAACCUUUGCCAUCCACAAGAACACAUGGCUCCCAGGAUACAGUUCCUUUGAAUCAUUUGCAAAGCCAGGAUCCUUCAUCCACAUUUCAGCUUCCUCAAUUACUCUUUUGAAAUACCAGCAUUCAGAGGCAUUCAGACAGUCUGCUCUUUUUAAACUUGUAGAUGCCAAAUUUAAGUUCCCAGCCCAUUCUACAUGUGAGUGGCGUUAUGAUGCGUGUAGAAGCCCUUGUUUCAAAACAUGCAGAGACCCUUUGGGACAAAACUGUCAGGAUGUACCAAAAGUGGAAGGAUGUGUCCCCAUGUGUCCUCCCCAUAUGGUGUUGGAUGAAGUCACUCAGAGAUGUGUUUAUUUUGAAGAUUGCAUUGAGCCUGCAGUUGAUGUUCAACCUUCACUAUCCACAAUGAAAACACCCACUCUUUCACAUGUAACUUCUAGUGCUUUCAGUGUCUCGGAUGCAGCAGUUUUGAGUAAAAUAAUAACCUCAUCUCCUAUACCUGAAACAAAAGACACAAAAAUAUCACUAAAUGUUUCGACAUAUUCAACUGAAACUACAUUAUCUGGCAGAAGCACUAUUGCAAUGUCUGUAUCACCAAAAUCUAAUGCAAGCUUGCCUUCAGUACUUGAUGUUUUUCCAUCAACAAUUUCGGCCACUACAGAAAUCUCUGCAGGUAUACAAGCAAUCAGUAGUACUACUGCUAAGGUAUUUCAUGGUACGGAGCCUCAGUCUGCAACUGCAACACAUGCAGUGACUGAAAUCACUAAAACAGUAGGAAAACCAAUUUCUACUUUUAUUUUUACUGGAACAUCAUCAAUAGUAAGAGUAACAGAAUCACCAGUCACAACUUCAGCAAUAACAGAAAUCUCAGAAAUAGGCACUAGGAUACGUCCCACAGUGGAAACCAAACUAAAACCAGAAGAAACUACAGCCCCUUCCUUUGUAUCAGACACAGAAAAAACAACUACAUAUUUCACCAAAUCUACUGUGUCACCAUCUUUGGAAUUCUCUACUUACGCACCAACAGCAAAUCAGACAAGAACUUCAGAGGAAACAAAACUGAGUACAGAGCAAACUUUUUUCACAUUAGCUAAUGUCACUGAAACAUCAUUUUUGCCACCAACCACUUCAGAAACAACAAAAGGAACAGUAGUUUUUACCAAAGAAAGAAUAAAGACCACAUUUUUUCCACCACCUACACACCCUAUUCCACUGUUACCUGUAACACUGUCGAUUACUGAAAUUCCUACAGAUAUGGUUCAGUACUUGACAGGUAGUACAGGGGUAUUCCUUGCCGCCACUCAUGAUGCAAGGACAACAGCUCUGCAAAUUAAAGAGAUGUCAUCAUCAUCAGGAAUAACUGGCUUCCUAUUUACAACUGAUAAGAAAGAAAUAAUACAAACAACGAGUGGGGAGCAUCUAUCAAGUUCAUAUUUUUCUAGUUCAGCUUCAACUGUAAAACUCAGCACUCUUCCUACAAAAAGGCCUUCACUAUCAGAUAUAAGUGCUGCUUCUCCAGCUUUAACAGCAUCCAAAGAAACUUUGCAGACAGCAUCAACGACUAAAUAUCCAUUCAUAGUUCUAAAUAUGACAGAAACGCUGACUACUUUACUCACUACAUACCCUGUUUCAUCUCAGAGUGCCAGAGCUCCUCCUUUGCCCACAAAGCCAACCACAUCCUCUCAAAGAACAUCUACUGAAUACAAAUCACCUCUGUUUCUAAAUACAACAACAAUGAGCAUUGCAUCCGACACCAUUAGAACGACCACAUCAGCAACAAAAACAUCGGCUUUUGCAAAAGAAAUCAUGGAUUUGGUCCCUACAAUUCCACUGGCUACUAAAAAAUUGGAAUCAAUACAAACAACAUUCAUCACUGAAUCUCCACAUACUCUUCUUAAUGAGACUAAAACAACAAGGAUGAUUGUCCCUCCCGAUGAAUCACAAACAGAAACAAUUACUAGUGUACAUGCCAGAAAGCCAACAACAUUUGCUUCCUCACCAGCAAGUUCCCAAAUUCCACUGUCCACAUUUAGAACUCAGGUAUCAAUGAUAGCUAGUAGUUCUGUGCGUACAUCAUCUGAAGCUGCUAUUAUAACAACCAGUAUUUUAUAUCCCAAAACAACAAUACUAAAAUCUACUUUUCCAGCAGAAGGAAAGACUCCACAUUUGACUACCUCAACUUUAUCCACUAUAGCAGACCAACCAAGUUCAUUAAAAGCACUAUCUCCUGAUGAAUUGCCAGCAAAAGUCACUUUAAAUAUUACUGAUGCCACAUUAUCCCCAUAUUCUGAAUUCAGCAGUAGACUAAUAACUAGUAAAAAAGUGACAGCAGCCAAAGAAAGGUCAACUUUGUCCACUUCUGUUAUACUUCCAUUAACAAAGUCACCUCACAUGUUCUCUGCCACUCAAUAUCUGGCAGAGACAUCAGUUUCUCCACACACUUUAACACAAAAGAUACCUAAGGAGCCAGCAACUACAAAGCCCCCAGUAGAUACUAAAACAGUAUCCACCAUCUUAGCGCCUCCAACUAAAAACAUCACAGAAACAGUAAAACAAAUAGCAUCUACAACUCCAGUAUCAUUAGUCAAAGAUUACUCUUCUGCUACAACUUCAGGAGGUACUUUCUCAGCUCAAACUUCAUCAGCAGAAAUGGUUUCUAUACAGACCAGAGAGGAGUCAUCUAAACCACAUUUCGCUACCAAAUUGGCAAUAGAACAUGUUCCUUCAACUUCCAAACUUUACUUGGCAAGCAAAGAAAGUGCCACAACAUACCAGCCUCCAGUGGAAAUUUUGACCACCACUACUCAUCCAAAAGAUCUCUUUAGCACAACACAAUCUCUAGGAGAAUUUGCUACCCUGUACCCAUUCCUAACUGCUUCACUACCUGAGGUAGCUAUUUCAACAUUCUCUCCUACCUCAGUAGUUCCAGAAAAAGUUCUUUUGACUACUGAAAAAGUGUCACCCUUAUCUGAUACACUUUCACUGACUUAUGUACCAGGAACGGCCUCAUCUUUGCAGACAAAAUUCCCAACCUUAACCAGAAAAGAAAUGGACUUGACUGUCAGUACAAGACCAUUAGCUACAAUGAAAAAGGAAUUUCUGUCAUUUCCAGCCCAAAAGCCAGAUUUCAGUUUUGAAUCCACAAAGCAGUCAGCAGUGACUGAACCCCUAGUUCCUAGACAGCUAUCUACAGCCUCUAUAUCCAUAUUUCCUUUAUCAAAGAUAACAUCUACAUCACGUUUUCUGUCAGAAACAUCAAGCACUCCCACCACAAUGGAGGAGGAGUCAUUAGCAGGCACUCUUUUAACUCCAGUGAUUUCAACAACGUCUACAUCAGUGGGCAAAAGUGCUACAGAGAAGACUGUGGUGUUGUCUAAGCAUGUGCCACUUUCAACCACUUCCUACAGUUCCAUGUUCCAAGUAGGAACAGUGUUACCAGCUACAGCACGCUCUGUGAGAACAACCACUGUUUUAGCACCAUCAUCAGUAAGUAGUUUAAACAUCACUACAGCAUCAGCUACUUCAGCAGCGAUAAGAGAAGCCCUCACCACCUCUUUGUUUUCAGGGAAGCCAACAUAUUUUUCUGUUCCUUCAGAAACAGACAAAGCCGUUGCCUCAGAAACAGCUGAACCUGCAGGGCCAGAGCUGGUUACAAGACCACAGACGGUUCAUACUUCAAGCAUCACUGAUUUUGUCACCCCGACCUUAAAAAUAACACAGACACUUCAUUCUCCAUAUUUCACAAAUACAACGGUUAUGCCUCAUAAACUAGGUGUAUCAGUUUUGUCUACCAUAUAUUCAUCCUCUGAGCAAAAAACUGCCUUUUCUAGUGCCACACCAUCAGGCACCACUAUUCUAACUCCGAAACCUGGGACAACAUCUGUGACUGAGGUCCACACACCCUCAAUGAUUUCAUUGUUAAUGAUGCCAACACACCCAAAUGCUACCAAACCACUUUAUGAGUCUGCCACAGAGUAUUCUGGUGGGCUAACAACAGCUGAAGCUAUCUCAGGAGUCACAGCAUCAGUUUUCAUGCCAUCUAGAGAGACAGCAACACUCCAAACUUGUGUACCAACCACAGAGAGUGAGUGCAUAAAACACAUUUGCCUGGAUGGACAACUAAUCCAAGUUAACAAGUCACAGAACUGCCCUUACAAUGCAACUCAGCCCAGCUGUGGGGUUCUCGGGCUUGCUGUUCAGAUCAAUGGUGACAAAUGCUGCCCCAAAUGGGAAUGUGCAUGUCGCUGUACUUUUUUCUCUGAUCUGAGCUUUGUAACCUUUGAUGGGAAUCAUCUGGCUUUAUUUAAAGAGGCAUCCUACAUUGUUAGCCAAACACAAGAUGAAACUAUAACUAUCCAUAUCCUUGACUGCAGAAAUACCAAUAUGGAUCACCUAAACUUGACUUCGCUGUGCCUGGCAAUGCUGAAUUUAACCUAUUUGUCAAACCAAAUCACUGUUGAUCGUAUAAACAGAAAAAUAACUGUAAAUUCAAGAUAUGCCUGGCCUACGGUUAGAAAAUAUGGAUUUAAAAUUGAGGAUACUGGCUUCAUGUACCUAAUUGAGACACCAACCAAUAUCAGGAUUCAGUGGUUUCACAGUACCGGUGUGUUGAUCAUAAAGUCAAAUACAACCAGUGAGCCAAAAGCCUUGGGACUAUGUGGUUUCUGUGACGGACGCUCAGCCAAUGACUUGAUGCUACCCAACAGAACAAUUUUAAGCAAAACUGAUGCACCAUCGAAUUUUAUAGACACCUGGCAGGUGCCAGACACAUUAAAGUAUGUUGGAGAAGACAGGCACCAGGAAACUAAUUGUUCUAUUUUGGACUGUUCAAAGUGUUUCAGCUUGGUGUUGAAUCAGACCUUCAGUAGCUGCCAUCCUUAUGUUCCACCUGAGCUGUUCUGUGACCUGUGGGUCCGAGAUGUGGAAUACACUCAGAAUCCAUGUGUGGCACUUGCUUCCUAUGUGGCUAUGUGUAACAAAUUUAAUAUCUGCAUAGAGUGGAGAAGUUCAGAAUACUGCGCCUUCCCCUGCUCUGAAGGCACCACCUACCAGGCCUGUAUAGCUGCCUGUGACGUUCCAAGUAUGUGUCAGAAUGGUGAGCCCUCUCCUCUGGAUUUGGAGCCCUGCUCAGUGCUGACAGAAGGCUGCGUCUGUUCUGAAGGGACCCUUCUUCACCGGGCUCACUCUGCUCUCUGCAUUACAGAAGAGAAAUGUGCCUGCACAGACAGUUUGGGAGCACCCCAUGCAGUCGGGGAGAUUUGGAAAACCUCCCUUAGUGGAUGCUGCAUGCACAAAUGUGUUGACAAUGAGACCAUUAUUCCUGUGGAAUACAACUGCUCAGAUAUUCAUGAUGUAGACUGUCAGCGCUUUGGGGAAAUGGCCCUGAUUGUUCCUGAUGAUCAAACCUGUUGUCCUCAAAAGAUUUGCAUUUGUAAUCAGAGCUUUUGUGACUCCUUUAUCCCUGAAUGUAAGGGCUUGGAAAAGAUAGUCACCUACUAUCGUGAAGAUUCCUGUUGUCCCAAUUACACUUGUGAAUGUGACCCAUCCAAGUGUGAACCGGUGGAGCAGAGCCAGACCUGCCGAGAAGACCAAACACUGAUUGCUGCUCGUGUGGAGAGCACCUGCUGCAUAUCUUAUAUAUGUGCAUGCGGGGUUUGCUCUGAUCAGAUACCAAAAUGUCAGGAAGGAGAAGUGCUUACUGUGGAUGGCAACACUACAGAUAGAUGUUGCCCUGCAUAUCAGUGUGUUUGUGAAACCUACCGUUGCCAUGAAUUUCAGUGUGCACUGGGGAUGUCGUUGGUGGAAGUUUGGAGCCCAGAAAAGUGCUGUCCAUAUCGGACAUGUGAGUGUUCAUGUGACACAAUCACUAAACCUCAGUGCAAACUGGGGGAGAAGCUGCAGAUAGAUGAACAGUUUCAGAACAGCAAAGAGAAUGUUUGUGGCUGUACUAAGUACAAGUGUGUGAGAGACAAGGUGUGUCUGAAUAACGAGAGAGGAGUACUGCAUCCUGGACAGACAGUUGUGGAACGCACACCGGAUGGCAUUUGCCACACUUCUUAUUGUACAAACAUGAUUGAUCCUGCCACCAAAUACUAUCGGAUAAAUAUCUCCUGGAUAAACUGUGUCAUCAAGUGUGAAGCUAAUCAAGUGUAUGAGCCUCCAAAAGAUUUAACAACAUGCUGUGGUCACUGUAAGAAUGUAUCUUGUGUCCAUACUUUCAGCAAUGGAACAGUCUCCAAUUUUAAACCUGGUACCUCUUGGAUUUCAAACUGUGUCAAGUAUGACUGCACAACCACAGCAGUAGGACCUGUUUUAAUUACAUCUUCCAUCAGCUGCCCACCAUUUAACGAAACUGAAUGUGUGAAGGUUGGAGGUUAUGUCGUGCCCUUUCUAGACGGAUGCUGCAAAACAUGUAAAGAAGAUGGGAAAUUUUGUAAAAAAGUGACUGUUAGAAUGACUAUCCGCAAGAAUGACUGCAGAAGUAACACACCCGUAAACAUUGUUUCAUGUGAUGGAAAAUGCCCUUCUGCUAGCAUUUAUAACUACAACAUCAACACAUAUGCAAGAUUCUGCAAAUGCUGCAGGGAACUUGGGUUACAAAGACGAACUGUGCAAUUGUACUGCAGUGGCAACUCAACAUGGGUCAACUAUUCAAUCCAAGAACCUACAGACUGUUCUUGCCAAUGGUCUUGAGACAGCAUUACAAAAAGAGCACCCAGUGAGUCACUCUUUGGAAGAUAUACAAUUAUUCUCAGUAUGAUAAAGAUAUCUUUUACAUCUUUUCCUUAGAAAGUAAGUUAUCCAUCCACUGAAUAGUAUCAUUGUUUAAUAUUAAGAAGCAUAGCUGUUUUGGACUCUUCUGCAUUUUGAAAUAAUGGAUUUGCAUCAUCCCUUUCUAAAAUUAUUAUAAUGUUCACUUCUGGGAAUCAUCUCAAGAGUUCUUGUGAUAUGUGCCAACAUAAAAAGGAAAGAGAUUUCCUUGAAAAGAGACAAUCAGAGGAAUAAUGCUUUAUAUUUUAUUUCUGGAGGUUUGAUCCAUUCUUUGAAAGCCACCCAAAACUGUUUUAAAUACCUAAUAUAUAAGCUGUCUUGGCAGUGGUAUAAGAUCUUAAGUGUGUCACAAUAGUGCUUGAUGACUAUGGAAGAACAUUAUAUGGACGAUAUUAAAAAAUAUUCAGUUUAAAUCAAAUUGAUAUUGCAAAUAGGGCAUGCAUGAGUAAUUAAAUUAUAGAAAUUUUUACCAGAGAAGAUUUUCAAAACUGGUAAUUGUAUAUAUAAUAUUCCCUGGUAGUAAGUUUUGAUUUUUCUAAUGUAUUUUACAUUGUAGUAUUAAACCAUUAUGUUAGAUGUGUAAUGUAGAAGAAAUACAGAUUUUUUUAGGUUAUCCAGUUUAGAUAUAGGUAUUAGAUUUAUCCAACAUAUCCACUGUAUGAUGUAAACUGAAAACAUACAAGUUUAUCAAUGAAAAAAUAAAUUUCCCAUUACAGUUAUAUAGAUGCACUUUAUCUAAACAAACCCUUGUCUUCUAAAGCAUACCACAAGUUAAAUGUGUCUUAUACUGUUUAUUUAGGAGAAUCAACUUUACACUGAGUUGUGACCUUUUUAAGAAUAUGCCAUUUUCAUAAAGACAAAAGAAAAUCAAAAUUAUAAUUGGUCCCAUGUAUAUUUUAACAAAGAGAAAUUAUAAGUCAAUAAAAAUUGACUUCCUAUGUCCAAUGAUAUUUUUUGUGUUGCAAAAUGUUCAAAUUACCAAGUACAAUGUUCACAAAAUUGCUUUUAAAACUUGCAGUAAUUGAUAUUUUUGAUAUAACAAAACCAAAUAUUUUGUUCACCAACCCUCACCAUGCCAUCUGAACACAGUAAAAUUCCAAUUGCUUUAAUUUUAAGAAGUAAAGCUACAAGAGCUGCUAAGAUUUUAAGCUUAGGAACUAAAAACUAGAAGUGUAUUGUUGCAUAAUAAAUUGUAAAAAGCUGGUUUUUGCUGUUAAUCCAAUGAAUGGUUUUAACAAAACAUUCAUCACAUGAACAUUUUUGUUAUUUUGCUAUUUUAUACUUUUUAUAUGCUGUACAUGUCAUUCCUAUAAAAUCUAAUAAAC